UUAGGUAAUUAGGAAGAACUGACUGCUAAAGAGAAAAUGACUUCUCUAGAAAAAGUUGAUGAUGCCUCAUCACCCAUCCGAGGACCUGGAGAUGGCAUGGAAACAGAGCAGACAGCUGAAUCGGUGGCAGUAAUCACUGGAGCCAGUGCUACAAACCAUCACAUUCACCACAGCCCACAUAAAAAGACAGUCUCUUCCCUGAGUCCUGGAGUUCUGCAGCUUGGGAAAGUACAUGCUGAUAAAUCAGUGGAGAUCGAAGCUGUUCGUAUAUUAGUCCCCAAAGCAGCUAUCACCCAUGUUGUUCCACCUAAAACAGCUAAGGUAGCUAAAUCAGUGGGACAUAAAGGAGACCCGUUCCACCAGUCAGAUGGAGCUGCAGAUCCCAAGAAGGAACAGACAGAGCUGAAGAAUGCAAUAGAAAAGCUAAAGAAUUCAGAAAAGCGGUUGUUACAGGAUAAAGAAGGUCUCUCUAAUCAGCUGCGUAUACAGACAGAGGUGAAUCGGGAGCUGAAGAAAUUACUUGUUGCUUCUGUCGGGGACGAUCUGCAGUAUCACUUUGAACGGAUGGCUCGUGAGAAGAAUCAGCUAAUCCUAGAAAACGAAGUCCUGGGACGGAAUCUGUCUCAGCUGUCUGAGCAGUUAGAACGCAUGUCUAUACAGUGUGAUGUGUGGCGAAGCAAAUUCCUAGCAAGCAGGGUUAUGGCUGAUGAGCUAACCAAUACCAGAGCAAUUCUUCAGCGUCAAACCAGGGAUGCACAAAGUGCAAUCCAGGACUUGCUGAACGAACGUGACCAGUUCCGUCAAGAGAUGAUUGAUACACAGAAGCUGCUGGAGGAGCUGAUGGUUUCUCUUCAAUGGGGGAGACAACAGACAUACUAUCCUAGUGCCCAACCCUACACUACAACAGAACUAGCAUCUGUGAAUUGUAAGCUAGCCAAAGCUGUAAGCUCACAUCUUCUUGGAAAUGUUGGCACUCACAGUCCAAAAAAGACUUCAACAGCUGUGGAGUUUUGCAAUACCCCUGCUGAGAAAAUGGCUGAAAUGGUGCUACGUGUACUGGAUCCAGCUGCACGUACAGAAACAUCAACAGAAGUUUCUUUUUCUGAGACUUCUCCAUCCUCCUUCCUUUCCACAAAGAAGAAUAUUGGAAGGUUUCACCCAUAUACAAGAUAUGAAAAUGUAACUUUCAAUUGUUGCAAUCACUGCCAAGGAGAGCUGAUAGCCCUUUAAAAACACAGCGAAUGCAACCUGCACAUGUACUCUUUCUGAAGAACUACACUAGUUGAUUUUUUCAGGUUUCCUUUUUCCUAUUUCUUUCCAUAAUGGGUGGGUUUAAUAUUGGAAAUUAUGCACUUUCUGCUUCUCUGCCUCUUGAAGUUAGGGACUGACAAGAUUUCCUUAGUCUCUGGGAUACUUUUACUAUUUUUCAGUCUG